GGUGCUACAAUCGUCCCCGACCCCUAUGAAACCUAUCUGAAGCACAUCCCUCACGGCGAGCACCCCGCAGAAUUCACCAUCGCACGCGAUUCGAAUGCGAUUCGUUCGAUCAUCGCGUUGGUCGACAACAAGGAGCAAAUCGAAUGCAUCGUCGACCCCGGUUCGCAGAUCGUCGCCAUGUCGGAAGAGGUCUGUCUCGGCCUCAACCUCCUCUUCGAUCCUACUAUCCAGCUGAACAUGCAAUCGGCGAACGGCGAGGUGGACCGAUCGCUGGGACUCAUUCGAAAUGUUCCCUUCCGCAUCGGUGAGAUCGUGUUGUAUCUCCAGGCUCACGUCAUUCGAAAUGCAGCAUACGACAUCCUCCUCGGCCGACCCUUCGACGUGCUCACGCAGAGCGUCGUCAAGAACUUCGCCGACGAGAACCAGACCAUUAUGAUCCUCUGUCCGAACACCGGCGAAACCGUCACAAUUCCGACCAUCCUCUCGGGUGUCGCAAAUCGCAUUUUCUCGCUUCGAGGAAUUGAUUCCCCAUGA